UCCAAAAAAUGCAUCCUAUUCCUUCCACACCACACCCUUUUUCCUUUUUCUUGCAAGAAUCGCACUUCUGCAACAUCACUAAUCCAAAAGAAGGGAUUGGGAAUUGUGCUGCUGACGUGUCUUGUCAGAGCAGAGAAACAAACGUUUCCUUCACUCUAAUCCCGAAUUAAUUUGAUUCCGCUACAUUCCACCCUAUACCUUGCCUUUUACCUGCUAGGCUGUUUGGUUCUCGGGAUUCGUUGAGAAACUAAAAGAAACACCAUGGAUAUUGAUCUCACUCCCAAGUUGGCGAAGAAAGUGUACGAAGGCGAUGGUGGCGCCUACUACGCGUGGUGCCCCAACGAGCUGCCUAUGCUAGGGGAAGGCAACAUUGGCGCGGCCAAGCUCGCUCUUGAGAAGAAUGGUUUCGCACUCCCUCGCUAUUCCGAUUCUUCAAAGGUUGCUCACGUUCUUCAAGGAAAUGGUGUGGCUGGAAUUGUCCUACCUGAAUCUGAAGAGAAGGUCAUUGCAAUUAAGAAGGGCGAUGCCAUUGCCAUUCCUUUUGGAGUUGUUACAUGGUGGUACAACAAAGAGGACUCUGAGCUGGUAGUUCUGUUCUUGGGUGAAACCUCCAAAGCCCACAAAGCUGGCAAAUUCACUGAUUUCCUUUUGACGGGUUCCAAAGGCAUUUUCACUGGGUUCUCAGCUGAAUUUGUAAGUCGAGCAUGGGACUUGGAAGAAAACAUUGUGAAGUCCCUUGUUGGAAGCCAAUCAUGCAAUGAAAUUGUUAAGCUUGAUCCAUCUCAUAAGAUGCCUGAGCCAAUAGAGCAACACCGUGAAGGUAUGGUGCUGAACUGUUUGGAAGCACCAUUAGAUGUAGAUGUUAAGAAUGGUGGAAGGGUUGUGGUCUUGAAUACUAAGAAUCUUCCUUUGGUUGGUGAGGUUGGACUUGGUGCUGACCUUGUUAGGUUAGAUGGAAAUGCCAUGUGCUCUCCUGGUUUCUCUUGCGACUCAGCCUUGCAGGUGACUUAUGUUGUUAGGGGUAGUGGCCGUGUUGAAGUUGUUGGUGUUGAUGGUCGCAAGGUUCUCGAAACAACUCUUAAAGGGGGUAAUUUGUUUAUUGUACCAAGGUUUUUUGUUGUGUCGAAGAUCGGUGAUCCAGAUGGGAUGGAGUGGUUCUCCAUCAUUACUACUCCCAACCCCAUAUUCACCCAUUUGGCUGGUGCUACUUCUGUUUGGAAGGCUUUAUCUCCUGAAGUACUCCAGGCAGCCUUCAAUGUGCCUCCAGAGGUAGAGGGUCUGUUCCGCUCGAAGAGGACUUCAGAUGCCAUUUUCUUCCCUCCACCAAAGUAAAAGGCUAUCCUCUCUUCUGCCUCUGUCUAAUAAUCCUUCCAAUGAAAGCUCAUAGACUAUGGUGAAUAUUACUAGAUAUGAAAAUAAUAUGGUUCAAGGGCAUGAGUUGUUGGCAUUUCCUUUGGUUUAUGUCGAGUUCUGAUAUCGUCCAUUAAUUUGCAUCUGCAACGUUUGAAAUUG